AUGGCACCUUGGACACCUACGGAGAACUUUAGCUGGGCUGAUGACGUGGAGGAGUCGAUUCCACUUCCACAGUGGAAUGCUGGUGACUCUGCUAGAAACAAAGAGACUGAGCGGCCAAAGGAGAAGUCGACAAAGUUGAGCUGGGGUGAGGCAUUUCUGAAGGCGGCUGGUGUCUCUGCUGAAAAGAUCGACUCCAAGGCAUCAGAGCUGGAUCCGACAGAGCCGACCGCCAUGGAAGAAGAUCAGAGCGAUGACAGGACUUGUCUCGAGGAGCUUCCUUCACCUGGAGACCACGUGGAACACGGGCCCGUUGCUUCUGCUUCUUCGUUUGAAGCAGAUCUCAGUGCCAACGGGGAGGCAAACGCCUCGGAAUUCACCUCGACAGAUCGCCAGACCAAUGAAGAAGUGGUGACUCCUCCCAUGGGAGCUCCGGGUGAUGAUGAGGAGCUCUCAUCUUCUUCUUCUGCUCUCUCGCAGAUCUGCGAGGACGCUUGGGGCGAAGAUAUCGAAAAUUUUGAUACAUCGUACGAACAGAGUCAUGAGAAAGAGUUUAUUGCAUCUCUGACGAAAAGACUUCUCCAUGCUCCCCGAGGGAAAGAUGCCGCGGAAAGGGCGCCAGGAGAAAAUCAGAGCGAUUGCAAAGAUAGAGAACAUAACACACGACUUUCUGGAUCAGAACUGCGACUUCAAGCCAACGAGGGUCAGCACGCAAAUGCUGUUCAGCUUGUUGAUGAAACAGAGAAAAGGAACCCAAGAUGGAAAGUGUGCGUUGUUCUCUUCCUUUUUGGCUUAUGCUACUGCUGUCUCUGCACGAGGCUUGGAACGCUGUGCCAUCCUGCUUGAAGACCCUCAAGACUUUUCUCGACAGUCUGGCCUGGAAGCAAUGAAAGUGUGCCCGACUCGCUUCCUUUCCCACUACAAGUCACCACGUUCGGACGUGUCCGGGCUGCUCGAAUGUACUGUAAAAUAUCAGUAUAAAUGACAAGAC